AUAUCUAAUUGCUGAAACAGGCCAAGGUUUAUUUUAUCUAAACUGCAGGUGAAACGCUUAUAAUAGGUAUAGAUGGAAAUAGCAUCGGUUAUAGAACAAACAGCUGACGAAAAAAAUACAAUGACUAACCAAACUUACGGUGUCUGACCAUGGACCCUCGACGUUGUGCCCAGGACGUGUUACGGUGUCACAUCUGUGACACACAUACCUCUUUGCACUGUGAAAUUUGUCAAAUUCAUUUGUGUAAAGCGUGUGUUGGGGAUCAUCUUUCAGAUGAAUCCAAAGACCAUAAAGUUGUACCAAUAAAAAAGCGAGAAUCUACACCUACAUGUUCUAAACACUCAUCAAAACAAUGCGUGAUUCACUGUGAGGAAUGCGACAUUCCUAUUUGUGUGCAAUGUAUUUCUUCUGGUGAGCAUGAGCAGCAUAAAAAAGUGGACAUUUUGAAAAGUUUCGAUAAGAAAAGAAAAGUAUUGCAAAGAGAUUUAGAGGAACUGGAGAAAAUAAUUUAUCCACAAUAUCAAGACAUUAUUUCCAAAAUCCAGACGGAAAAAGUUGAUAUAAGUAUACACUUUGAGAAACAGAGAACAGACAUUAAGAAGCAUGGAGAUGAUUGGCACAGAGAAAUAGAUACAAUUAUCAAAAAACUUACAACAGACGUCAAUAGUAUGGAAUCCAACAGUUUGGCCGUCUUAUGGGGAGAGGAAACCAACAUCACUUGCAUUAUGUCUGAAAUCACACAGUUUAUAACAGAUCUCCAAACAGUUUUAGAGUCCAAUGAUAUAAGCUUUACCUUUGCAUAUAAAUCACGGAAUAGUGAUUUUAAAAAAAUGCAUCCUUUACGGAAAUCGGCCCCACCAAGGGGUAUAUUUACGCCCCAAAAGAUCGAAAAAGAACAUAUCUAUCAACAGUUUGGUUCUCUCUUAUUAUCAGAUGAACAUGGUUUUGCAGUAAUUUUUGCUUCUCAUGAUUUUUCUCCGAAUGAAAGACCGGGAACUGAAAAACCGCGAAUAAUCAGAGAAAUAAAAACUGAACACGAAGAAAUAAAUCGGCUGUACAGUGUGUGUUGUCAGAGUGAUCAAGAAGUUUGGACUUGCAGCGAUGACCAUAUCAUGAGACUCUUCAACCUUCAAGGAGAAUUAGUGAAGUCAAUCGAAACCAAGUCAGGGAAUAAACCAAAGGACAUUGCAAUAACAAAACAAGGCUAUCUAGCAUAUACUGACUACAUUAAUCAAACUCUGAACAUAGUAAAAGAAAAACAGAUACAGGAGAUAAAAUUAAGGAAAUGGAGACCCCAUGGUGUCUGUACGACUGCCUCUGGUGACCUCCUGGUAAUCAUGGACAGUGAUAAUAACAGAGAAUCAAAAGUCGUGCGUUACUGUAGCUCAAAAGGAAAGGAGAAACAAAGUGUCCAGUUUGAUACUAACGGUCUCCCUCUGUAUUCACCUGGUGGCAUAAAAUACAUUAAUGAAAAUAGGAAUGAAGAUAUCUGUGUAUCUAUCUGUUGGGCCAGUGCAGUAGUUGUGGUAAGCCGAGUAGGAAAAUAUUGCUUUACAUACAAUGGACCAUCCACUACUGCCACCAGAUCAUUUAAUCCUUACGGCAUCACUACAGACAGCCAGGGUCGAAUCCUGACGGCUGACUGUAACAACCACAGUAUCCAUAUCCUUGAUCAGGACGGACAGUUCCUCCGCUUCAUUGACAACUGCGAUAUAUGUUGUCCAUACGGUUUAUGUGUGGACACCAACGACAACCUGUUUGUGGCUGAGUGGAAAUCGGGAACAAUGAAAUUGAUUCAAAAUUACAUGUUCUAGACAAUGAUUAGUGCACAUUUUUUUUCUGAUGAAUGUGUCUUUGCUACCCAUUUGAAAUGAUAUAAUGAUCUUUCAGGCGGUUACAUGUCCUUUAAGAUAUUAAUUUGUGUUUGUAUCUGAAAAACAAAACAUGUAAAGAUGAAAAUGACAAUCAUGAAUAAUACAACCGGAAAUGUAUCUACAUAUAUGUAUGUGAAUUUUUUUAUAAGAUUUUAAAACCUCUGAAGAUGCAAAUUUAACGCUGAUAAAUUAGAUAUUGCAUGUUCCUAUCGAAAAAGUUUUCAGCAGUUUGAGUCAUUCAAAUAAGUCCUUAGAGUGUUAAAUAGCAUGUAAUCUAUAUUAUUUGCAAAUCGGAAAUGAGUGCGAUCGAUUAAAGCAAAGAAUUCCAGCGGAAAAAUAUUUAUAUUUCCAUUUAACAUUAUUUGUUUCCGUGUCAGUGUUAUUUUGGCUAUUAAAAUUAAAUAAUAUGUAGCACAACAUAAGUGACAAUCUCCAACUUUAUUCAACUUCCUAUAUGCCUAAAAUCGCAAAGGGUUCAAAUUUGUUGUAAAAUACCUGUAUAUAAAUUAAGUUUAUUUCCUUAGUAGGACUGAAUCAUAAUAUGUUUUAAUUAUUUCAACAUGCAAAAGUUGUUUAUUCUUUCAUUAUUCAAUUCUUUUUUUUUACAUCGAUUGACGCCAAAUAACAAUUAUUUUUGGCAGCUGUGCAUAAUUUCAAAAGGUAGAUAUUAUCAUAUAUUAAACAUCCAUACAG